GUUACACAAUACAAAGGAUGAGCAUCAAUGGCUGGUUAAUCAAUUAUCAAUUUUGAUCAAUUAGUAUUGUUCGGACGUAAAUUACUUUGGAUUUUUAUGUACUAAUGAUCAACGUCAUGGCAGCAGCGACAAGAAUAUCUAAAUUGCAUACGAUUCAAGCCACAGCCAAUCAUACUGCUACAUUGAUUUUUUUUCACGGUUCAGCAUGAAUGUAUUUCCUUCCAGGAGAUACGGGAAACAAUGUGAAGGAUUGGAUAAAGCUUUUAAAUAAAGAGGAACUCAAAUUUCCUCAUAUUAAGAUCGUCUAUCCUACUGCACCACUUCAGCCGUACACCCCCAAUAACGGAGAGCCAAGCAAUGUUUGGUUCGAUCGUUCGGCAAUAUCAAAGUCUGCCCCGGAACUACAGGCUUCGAUCGAUUCUAUGUGCUCCGAAGUGUCGGGAAUAGUGGAGAAAGAAAUUGCUUGCGGAAUACCCGUAAACAGAAUAGUUCUCGGUGGCUUUUCAAUGGGAGGAGCUUUGUCGCUACAUAUGGCUUACAGGCACAGGACAUCGGUUGCUGGGUGCUGUGCCAUGUCAUCUUUUUUAAAUGACAACUCUUUAGUUUAUGAAGCUUUGAAGACUGCCACUACUGGAAACACUCCGCCGCUUUUACAAUUUCAUGGUGUACGUGACGAUUUAGUUCCUAUUGAAUGGGGCGAGGAAACAUUCAAACUUCUUACAGAGUUAGGUGUAAAGGGGGAAUUUGUACCAUUAAAAAAUGCGUAUCAUGAACUAACCAAACUUGAAGUUCAGAAGUUCAAGGAAUGGUUGCUCAAUGUUAUUCCAGAAGAAUCCUCCUAAGAAUCUCAUUAUUUUACAAAUAAACCUGGAACCGUCGACAUAGUGGAAGAGAGUUUAAAACUCAAGGAUUGUGAUAUUUUACAUCAAUACAAGGAAAAGCAUUAACUUUCUUGCACCUCGCAAUCUUACAGAUAGGAAAAAAUAUAAACUUGCACCUUGAAGAGUAUCACAAUUUUUAUAAAUAUUCGUCAAGUCCUUUCGUUUUCAUUACUCAUUUUGGUUUAUGCAUUUAUGCAUUUAUACGAUUGUACAUAGAAUUAUCUGUGAAAUAUUCUAGGAGGAGCAACAGCUGUGUACAUAGUAGCUAUAAAUGAUAGACAAAAUAGGAUUAAAUCGGGUUUUCCAAACACAAUACCAGCCGUGUACAGCAAUAUAUUACAUGUCGUUUCAAUAA